GUCUCAUCUCCCGCCCUCCCUCGCUGCCGUGUGUGUGUGUGAGAGAGAAGCAGUGAGAGAGCUGCAGGCGCUGCUAUAGGAAGGGGAGUGAGCUCAGCUCAGGGCUGCAGCCUCCCCUCUGCUCCUUCUUUGCCUAUUUUAGUCACAUCUCCCCGCUGCUCCCUGUCACUGACACAAGUAACUUUCCAGGCGCCUCGGCUGCACAUCCAGGUAUAAGAAAGAUGGCUACUGAAAGCAUAUUCAUUACAACUUUGCCAAUGGAUUUUAAUUCUCAGUUUGAUAACAUUACAAUCGGUUUAAAUGACAAUGAAACACUGUGUGAAAACUGGAGAGAAAUACACCACUUAGUUUUUCAUUUGGCGAACACAUGCUUCGCUGCAGGGCUGGUUAUUCCAAGCACUCUGAACCUUCACAUGCUUUUCCUGCGUGGCAUGCUGUGUUUAGGUUGCACUUUCUUCAUAAUUUGGGCAGUUCUCUUCCGAUGUGCUUUGGACAUAAUGAUAUGGAAUGCUACCUUCCUUAGUAUCAACUUCAUGCAUUUUGUAUAUCUCGUGUAUAAAAAAAGACCAAUCAAAAUUAAAAAGGAAUUGAAAGGUAUCUAUCACCGGAUGUUUGAACCUCUCCACGUAUCUCCAGAGCUAUUCAAUCGACUUACUGGGCAGUUUUGUGAAAUUAAAACCUUAGCAAAAGGCCAGACAUAUGCAGUAGAAGAUAAAACAUCUGUUGACGAUCGUUUAAGUAUAUUACUUAAAGGAAUAAUGAAGGUGUCCUACCGAGGCCAUUUUCUGCAUACAAUUUCUGCGAAUGCUUACAUUGAUUCUCCUGAAUUUCGAUCAACAGAAAUGAAUCGUGGGGAAACAUUUCAGGUCACUAUCACAGCCGAUGACAACUGUGUGUUUUUGUGCUGGUCUCGAGAAAGGCUAACCUAUUUUUUAGAAUCAGAACCUUUUCUUUAUGAGAUCUUUAAAUAUUUGAUUGGUAAAGACAUUACAACCAAACUAUACUCGCUCAAUGAUCCCACACUGGGAAAGAAGAGAAAGCUAGACACACAGCCUAGUCUCUGCUCCCAGCUGUCUGUAAUGGAGAUGAGAAACAGCUUGGCCAGCACAAAUGACAAUGAAGAUGGCUUGCAGAACUUUCUGAGAGGAACCUCUACUACCUCAUCACAGCGAAAUAAGCAGCAAGAGUUCUAUAAUGCAUAUGGAGUGGGCCCUUUGUCGCAUGCUGUUUUCUGUUGAUUACCUCUGUGUUAAAAACAAAGAAUCAUUCAUAAGCAGGUUAUUCUCCCUCAAUGAGAGCAUCAUCAAAGAUGAAACCUAUUGAGGAGGAUGCUGAGGAUGACGUCUUCAAGCCAGCAUAUUCACCAAAAAUCUAAAUUUUCACAGUCACAGAGUCCACGAGGCAGUUAUAUCUAGCAGAACAAUGGCUGAUUUCAGAAGGCACAACAACUGUUCCAUUGUUUCUUCCUUUCUAUUCUAAAAAUGCUUUCCAAGCAAUAUACAAUAUUGUUUUGGUAUACAUAAUAGAAAUAAUACACCAAAGCCUCAUGUAUUUUACACUUUUUGUUUUUCUUCACAGAAAUACCUUAUGAAAUAUAUCACAAGCCUUAAGUUGCUAUCAUAUUGUCCUUAAAGCACAUAUAGAUAUGUUGGGACUGUAUUUUAGAUGGAGCCAAAACGUUUCACAUUUAAUAAUGAAUGCAGUGUUUUAAUUUUGUAUUUAUUUAUAUAAACUAUAGUAGCUGA